AUGUCUUCCAUCAACAAACCUGGGAUUUAUUUGUAUAAUGUGUUGUUUGAAAGUUGUAUAAAGGAAAGACGUGUGGAGUUCGUUUCGUGGUUGUAUAAAGAUAUGGUUUUGUGUGGGGUUGCUCCACAGACUUAUACGUUUAAUCUGUUGAUCCGUGCUUUGUGUGAUUCAAGUUGUGUGGAUGCUGCUCGUGAGUUGUUCGACGAAAUGCCUGAGAAAGGUUGUAACCCAAAUGAGUUUACUUUUGGGAUUUUGGUUCGUGGGUAUUGUAAAGCUGGUUUGCCUGAUAGAGGACUAGAGUUGUUGAAUUCGAUGGGAAGUUUUGGGGUUUUGCCUAAUAAAGUUGUGUAUAAUACCAUCGUUUCUAGCUUCUGUAGGGAAGGUAGGAACGAUGAUUCCGAAAAGCUGGUGGAGAAGAUGCGAGAGGAAGGUUUGGUUCCUGAUAUUGUAACGUUCAACUCGAGGAUAUCAGCGCUGUGUAAAGAAGGAAAGGUUUUGGAUGCGUCUAGAAUUUUCAGUGAUAUGGAGCUUGAUGAGUAUCUUGGUCUUCCUCGUCCCAAUAGUAUAACAUAUAACUUGAUGCUGAAAGGAUUCUGCAAGGUAGGGUUGCUGGAGGAUGCCAAGACCCUCUUUGAGUCGAUUAGAGAGAAUGAUGAUCUCACUAGUUUGCAGAGUUACAAUAUUUGGCUGCAGGGUUUGGUCAGACAUGGGAAGUUUAUAGAGGCUGAAAGAGUCCUAAAGCAAAUGAUUGAUAAGGGAAUAGGGCCAAGUAUUUUCUCUUACAAUAUUUUGAUGGAUGGAUUGUGCAAAUUAGGCAUGCUAUCCGAUGCAAAUACGGUAGUUGGAGUGAUGAAAAGAAAUGGUGUUUCCCCGGAUGCUGUAACAUAUGGCUGCCUUCUACAUGGUUAUUGCAGUGUUGGGAAAGUCGACGCAGCUAAAAGCUUGUUGCAGGAGAUGAUGAGGAAUAGUUGCUUACCAAAUGCUUACACUUGCAAUAUUUUGCUCCAUAGUCUUUGGAAGAUGGGGAGAAUAUCUGAAGCAGAAGAGUUGCUGCGGAAGAUGAAUGAAAAAGGUUAUGGACUAGAUACUGUCACCUGCAACAUUAUCAUUGAUGGACUCUGUGACAGCGGGGAAUUAGAUAAAGCUGUUGAGAUAGUUAAGGGAUUGCGGGUGCAUGGAAGUGCUGCUCUUGGUAACCUAGGCAACUCAUAUAUUGGACUGGUCGAUGAUAGCUUGAUCGAGAACAAUUGUUUGCCUGACCUGAUCACGUAUUCAACUUUACUUAAUGGUUUGUGCAAAGCAGGAAGGUUCGGUGAAGCAAAAAACUUGUUUGCUGAGAUGAUGGGAGAGAAACUGCAACCGGACUCUGUCGCAUACAACAUUUUCAUCCAUCAUUUCUCCAAACAGGGGAAAAUAUCAUCUGCAUUUCGCGUUCUUAAAGACAUGGAGAAGAAAGGUUGUCAUAAGAGCCUGGAGACUUAUAACUCUCUGAUCCUGGGCUUAGGCAUAAAAAAUCAGAUAUUUGAAAUUCAUGGACUGAUGGAUGAGAUGAAAGAAAAGGGCAUUUCACCUAAUAUCUGCACCUACAAUACUGCAAUCAAGUAUCUCUGUGANCCCGACAUACCGAACUAA